AUGCUCCUUACGGUUCUGACCCCUACCAGUAAUGUACCAGGCGACGAACUGCCGAAAAGCUCCAUGUGGUCUGGAGAUUGGAUCGUCGUUAUUGAAGGUUUGACAUUCGCAUGGAUGAGAAAUUUCUCGAUCAAUGCAGCUCCUCCUGUCGUUGUCACUAGCACUCCGACCUUGACAUUUACAACCCCGUACAUACCUUCCACUACGGUCACCACAACAUUUACGAGCGGCUAUACGACAACCCUGCUUCCAUCAACAAUAACUUUACCGUCCACCACUUCGACACGCACAAUCACGGUCAAACCAAUGCAGGUUACCGUGACGUCAACCUUGACUCAGACGAGACAGCGAACCACAAGAGUCUUCUCCAAAACCGUUACCACUACGACCAUUACAACCAGUUGUAAGACGCAGCCACCAAAGAGGGAUCGAACAUGUACCCUUCGCCCGACACGGGCUACCUUGGCUGCUGCAGAUGUUCCUGUCACUGUUCUUCCUCGUAUACGUCGUGGGGAGCCAGAUGUUUUGGAGAGAGUUAGACAACGUGGAGUCUCACCACGACAGGAGGGCGAAUCGGUCAAACCUGGGAGUGGACCAGGUACAUAUUUGAACACCCUCCUACCAAUUGCUGCCGCUAACGAGACAAAAGACUUGUGUACGACCACAUUUUUGGAUACUGCCAAAGUAGUAUCAUCUUGGAUCACUGUAACCUUGCCAACUAGCACAGAACUCGUCAGCGAGUAUGCAACCACUACGGCUACAAUCACGCCAGCUCCAGUAACAGCAUAUUCCGACAGAGCGAGAACAACAAUCACGAUAACUGGCCCAACCCCGACACGGACACGCACAACCAAAGUUUACACGACCGAACGCAUAACUUCGACUGUGUGGGCAACUAUUACAUCGACUGUCAGAACCACACCAUCAGGAGUAGUCUGCGCCACUUCAAGAUACUGA